CACACACUGCAUGCUAAUGCGGACCAAUUCCCAAUGAGCACUAAAACACAUCUUUAAAUUGUCUUGAGUUCAAACUGCUCUGGCUGAGCAACAGAGGGAACAUAUCAUCAGAAUUCACCCUGUGGCAAUACCUGCUGAUUGGGUCCUAAAGCAGCAGCAGCAGCAGCAGCAGCACCUUUUAACUUUUAAUGUUUCCCUCCACACUUCUGCCACGAGACAUCGCGAAAGAUAGAUAGGAAUAAAAGAUAACCAACCAGUGCCGAAUCGGCUUUUUUUUUGUUUUGUUUGUUUAUUUGUUUGUUUAUUUAUUUUAUUUUUAUUUAGUAUUUGUUCGCCUUCUUUUUUUCUUCUUCUUUUUUUUUGCUCUUCAGUUCAAAUCCCUGUGCGCGCCCGUGAGCGCGCAUGUAGACAUUCUGCGUGGAGACGUUUUGCGAAACUUUAAGGAUGAUAUACCUUGGAUGUUUCCUGUUGCUCUGCGGGCUCACGCGUGUCAUGGCUAGUUAUCCCAUCUGGUGGUCACUAGCAGUGGGCCACCAGUACUCAUCACUGGGUACUCAGCCUAUUCUGUGUGGCAGCAUCCCAGGUCUGGUGCCCAAACAGCUGCGCUUCUGCCGGAACUACGUGGAAAUCAUGCCCAGUGUGGCUGAAGGUGUUAAGAUUGGCAUCCAGGAGUGUCAGCACCAGUUCAGAGGCCGACGCUGGAACUGCACCACAGUCAAUGACAACCUGGCUAUUUUUGGCCCUGUGUUAGAUAAAGCCACUCGAGAGUCAGCAUUUGUUCAUGCCAUUGCCUCAGCGGGAGUGGCAUUUGCAGUGACCCGUGCCUGCGCUGAUGGUUCAGCCACCAUCUGCGGGUGUGACACACGCCACAAGGGCCCCCCUGGUGAGGGAUGGAAAUGGGGCGGUUGUAGUGAGGAUGUGGAGUUUGGGAGCAUGGUGUCCCGGGAGUUUGCUGAUGCGAGAGAGAAUCGCCCUGAUGCACGCUCAGCCAUGAACCGCCAUAACAACGAGGCAGGAAGAAUGUCCCUCAAUGAGAACAUGUUCCUGAAAUGUAAGUGCCAUGGUCUUUCAGGGAGCUGUGAGGUCAAGACGUGCUGGUGGUCUCAGCCAGACUUCCGAGUCAUCGGUGACUACAUGAAGGAUAAGUAUGACAGCGCAUCUGAGAUGGUUGUGGAGAAACAUAAGGAGUCCCGUGGAUGGGUGGAGACGCUGAGACCCAAGUACAACUACUUCAAACCCCCCACAGAGCGUGACCUGGUAUAUUAUGAAAGCUCGCCCAAUUUUUGUGACCCUAAUCCUGAGACUGGCUCCUUUGGCACUCGAGAUCGCAUCUGCAACCUGACAUCCCACGGCAUAGACGGGUGCGACCUUCUGUGCUGUGGGCGGGGUCACAACACUCGGACUGAGAAGAGGAAGGAGAAGUGCCACUGUAUUUUUCACUGGUGCUGCUACGUGAGCUGUCAGGAGUGUGUGCGAGUCUAUGACGUCCACACCUGCAAAUGAUGUUUCUUCUUCUCCCCCCCUUUUUUAUUCACCAAAUUUUACACUCUUUAAUUGGCACAAGAGUAAUUAUACUAACUUUUCCACAAGCUAUAAGAGACUGUAAACAUGUCUGACCUGUCCGUGGACUCCAGCGGCAGACAUGAAGAGCCAAUCUCUGACUUUAUUAACUGGAACAGUUCAGUAGAUGCUGACAUCACAAAGCAUUUCACUCACAUGAACUGCGACGGUGGCAAUAAUGACAACAAUGUUGGUAUCUAUAGCAAUGGCAAAACAAUUUUUGUGUACUGACGUAGGAAAGGAGUCAGCUAAAUGACAAACACCAUAUUGGUGUUUUUUUGUUUUUUUUUCUUUUCUGUGUACCAAGUAGUUACUUUUGUUGAGAAUAGUACAGCACUGCCAAUGCUUUCAUGUUUAUGGGGCAAACAAUGGAAAUGUAAUUUGUUAAAUAUGUUAAAAUAUCUCUUUGACCACAUUUAUGACAAAUUGACACAAUCACACACUCAACAGCAUGCAUCCACUUCCUCAACAUUGUUAGUAUGUACAUGUAGAGUCUAUUUGAUAACUAACAUUACCGAUGUCUGAGUGAGUAUUUGAUUUUUAGUCUUAAUAAGUUACUGAUCUUUGGGUAAGAAUGCACUUGCACCUGAGUGAAUGUAGUAUUGUGCUGUAUUGUGUUUACAUGUUCACAAAGUCUUAAGCUAACAAGUUAAUAUCUGCUUUAAAUGACUAACUUUAUCUGAGAGUAGACGUGAGCCACAUCCAGGGGUGUUGCAACAGGCAAAGCAGGCAACUGCAGAGCAGCUCAUUACUUGAGUUCACAGCAAUGACAGUAACAUCCCAUUUCCACUGGUUGAAGUACUAUUUCAUUCUGGGCUUAAACUGGUUUUUGAGCAGUAGGAAUGUGUUUAAUUGGCAUUCAUUCGCGGGUCAAAUGACUCUAGAUUUGUAUCAGCUAUGGCUCCGGUCUGCAUUAGCAGGGGUAAGACCGGGUAAAUACGGUAAUUUCGUCUUUGUCAACUUCAUUUUUGGCAGCAAUGUGGAUCCCAGUGUAAUCUCCAACACAGUGCUAAGAUGUGCAAUCUUCUCCCAGUCGUUAGCAUAGCCCUUAAGGUCCUGGUAUACUUCACUGAAGUGUGUGUCACAUAUCGCGGACCCUGGUAUACUCGUGCAUCAGGGUCCUGCAGU